CAACACCCUGACUAAAGAGAGAGACCAGCUACAGAAUAGUCUCACCACGAGGACCAAAGACAGGGACCAGCAGCAAAAUAGUCUUAAAGUCAUGACUGCUGAAAGGGAUCAAUUAAAAAAUAAUCUUAACUCACGGACAAAAGAGAGAGACCAGUUACAGAAUAAUCUAAAUACCAGGACCACAGAGAGAAACCAGCUACAGAAUAGUCUCACAACCAAAACUAAGGAGAACGACCAGUUGCAGAAUACUCUCACCACAAUAACUCAGGAGAGAGACCAGCUACAGAAUAGUCUAAAUACCAGGACCACAGAGAGAAACCAGCUACAGAAUAGUCUCACAACCAAAACUAAGGAGAAAGACCAGUUGCAGAAUACUCUCACCACAAUAACUCAGGAGAGAGACCAGCUACAGAAUAGUCUAAAUACAAAAACUAAGGAGAGAAACCAGCUACAGAAUAGCCUAAAUACCAGGACCACAGAGAGAGACCAGCUACAGAAUAGCCUAAAUACCAGGACCACAGAGAGAGACCAGCUACAGAAUAGUCUCACCACGAGGACCAAAGACAGGGACCAGCAGCAAAAUAGUCUUAAAGUCAUGACUGCUGAAAGGGAUCAAUUAAAAAAUAAUCUUAACUCACGGACAAAAGAGAGAGACCAGUUACAGAAUAGUCUAAAUACCAGGACCGCUGAGAGAGACCAGCUACAGAAUAGUCUAAAUACCACAACCACUGAUAGAGACCAGUUUAAAACGAGGCUUAGGUUCUAUGAGAAACCCUGUCUGGAUGGAUGGUGGAAGUUUGGCACCAGCUGUUAUUAUGUCUCCUCCACGAUGAACACAGCUGGGGCCGGUCAGAAGGAGUGCAGAACAAUGGGAGGAGAGUUGGUUAUUAUAAACAGCAGAGAAGAACAGAUAUUUAUCCAUGGAUUUAAGAAGAAUGUCUGGAUUGGUACAUAUAAAAAAGACAGAAUCUGGCAGUGGGUUGACAGCACACCAUUUAAACCUACGUAUUGGAUGACAGGGGAACCUAAUACCUUGAAUGACGAGGCGGCUUGUGUUGAGAUCUCACAGACGGCAUCAGACCCAUUGAAGAGUUGGAAGGAUGGACCGUGUAUUCCAAAACAAUGG